GGCGUUUUGGAGUGUGGGAUGUAAGGAGUCUUUCGAGAAUUUCAUAAAAUUUGAAACUAGAAAUGGCGGAAGAAUCGGCGGUUAAAGUUUGCGUUCGUGUUCGCCCGACUAUUGAGAGAGAAGAAAAUGUUCCAUCAGAAACAGCAGCGCCUGUCCAGCUCUUCUGGAAAGCUGAUAAGAACUCAAUUUAUCAGAUUGAUGACGGCAACUCAACCAAGAGCUUCAGUUAUGACCGAGUGUUCACUGUGGAAGAAACAACCAAUCAACUUUACCAGGCUAUUGCAAAGCCAUUGGUUGUUUCAACUGUUGAAGGAUACAACGGCACCAUAUUUGCUUACGGACAGACAUCCUCAGGAAAGACGUUCACUAUGAUGGGGAGUGACCAUGCUCCUGGUGUCAUACCGCUAGCCGUUGAAGAUGUGUUCAACACCAUUAAAAAUUGUCCAAAUAAGAAGUUUCUUCUGAGGGUAUCUUACAUGGAAAUCUACAAUGAAACUGUGACCGAUCUCCUUGUGGACAGCUGGAAAAGAAAACCUCUAGAAGUCAGAGAGACAAUCAAUAAAAACAUCUAUGUUGCCGACCUCACUGAAGAAGUGGUCAAAUCUCCCGCGCAAGCGCUGGCCUGGAUUCGUAAAGGAGAAAAGAAUCGGCACUAUGAGAAGACGAAAAUGAACCAGCGGAGCAGCCGAUCACACACGAUUUUUCGAAUGAUCCUUGAGAGUGAAAUAAAUGCAGACGGAGCCGUUAUUGUUUCCCAUUUGAAUUUAGUUGACUUGGCUGGAUCAGAGAGAGCGAGCCAAACGGGGGCAGAAGGAACCCGCUUCAAAGAAGGCUGCAAUAUCAACCGCAGCCUUUUCACACUUGGCCAAGUGAUAAAGAAACUUAGUGAAGAAAGCCAGAGGGGGUUCACAAAUUACAGAGACAGUAAGCUAACACGCAUUCUUCAGAACUCCUUGGGUGGAAAUGCCAAAACUGUCAUCAUCUGCACAAUCACUGCCGCUGCACUGGAUGAGACACUCAGCACUCUGCAGUUUGCCAGCACAGCAAAGAAAAUGAAGAAUGACCCGCAUGUCACAGAAGUGUCUGACGACGGUGCUCUGCUCAAAAGAUAUCGCAAUGAAAUUGUCGAGCUCAAGAGACGACUUCACGAGGUUUCUUCAGUAACACAGACCACAGCAACAGAGAAGGAGGUGCUCGCUCAGCUUCUCCAAGAAAAAGACCAACUUCAGAAAGAACAAGAGGACCGGAUUAAAAACCUCACCAAACUGAUGGUCACAAGCACCAACGUAGCUCAGGUUCAAAGGUUGCCAAAACGCAGGGUUACAUGGGGAGGAAAAAUGAUGCGCUUGGCCGCUCAAUCUACCUGUGAAAGUAGUCCGUCUAAUCGUAGCUUUGCCGAAUCCGCCACUCGGAAGAGGAAAGCUGAUCGGUCCUGUUUGAUGGACCUGGUUGAAUAUGAUGAAGACUUUGACUCUCACUGGGAAAUUCCUGAAGAGCCGUUGGAUGACCCAGACUCAAGUCCAAGCUUUGUUACUGUCCGCGGCUUUGAAAACAGGACAAGCUGCAGAGAGGCUGAACUGGAGUUGCAGCUUCAAACAAUAGACCAACAAAAACAGCAAGCCUUGGAGAAAAUUCUGGCAAUGGAGGAGAAGGCAGCAGAAGUUGACAUCCAGCUUAAAACUGAAGCUCAGCAGAGGUCAGAGGCUAUGGCCAAAGUGGAGACGCUGGAGUCAUCCAUGGCAGAACUGAAAAGACAGCUCGAAGAACAGAGACACAUGAAGCGUGACUCAGAAAAGCGGAUACAAAUAGAUUUUGCAGAAACGGUCCAGCUUUGUGAGGACCUCGCCUCAGAGAAGGAUGUGUUGGCUUCUGAGCGGAACUAUCUCAAUCAAGAGCUGGGCAUAUUCAUGGAGCAGACCAAAAUCCUAGAAAAAGAGGUUGCUUGUCUGUCACGGGAGCUGGAGGAGAAGAGGGAGACGGAUGAGUUUAAAUCUCUUGAGGAGCAGUUCAGGAACGAGCAUGAGAACGAGUUGCAAAAUGAAAUAUCCUCAUUGAAGAUGGCUGUGGAAUCCCGUGACUUGCAGUCCAUAGAACUUCAGAAAUCCUUUGAGACUGUUUCCGAAGAGCUGAAGCAGAAAACCAAAUUUGCUGAUUAUCUUCAGACUAUGGUUGCUGAGACUCAAGGUCUUCUGCGUUCUCUUCAGGAUGAGCUUCAUUUGCAGAAACAAAGCAACUUAUACCUCGGGAAAGAACAGAAGGAAUCUGAGAACGCUCCUGAAGAGAUGGAGAAGCUCGUCUCGGAAGUCGCAGCUCUCACUGCAGAAAGGGAUUCACUCAAGAUGGAUCUGCAAGAAAAUGUAGACCUGAUGAUUGAGAACCAAGAUGAGCUCAGGACUGCCCUUGAGAAGAUCUGUGCUCUAAAAGAGCAAAUCAAACAGUUGGAGGAUUCACAAACAUCCAACUCUGGAAAGCCUAUUGAUGACCUGACCACAGAGUUUGGGGAGCUUCAAACACAAAACGAGUUGCAAAAUGAAAUAUCCUCACUGAAGAUGGCUAUGGAAUCCCGUGACUUGCAGUGCUUAGAACUUCAGAAAUCCUUUGAGACUGUUUCCGAAGAGCUGAAGCAGAAAUCCAAAUUUGCUGAUGAUCUUCAGACUACGGUCGCUGAGACUCAAGGUCUUCUGCGUUCUCUUCAGGAUGAGCUUCAAUUGCAUAAACAAAACAACUUGGACCUUGGGAAAGAGCAGAAGGAAUCUGAGGUAGGCUUGUUUAACGCUCCUGAAGAGUUGGAGAAGCUCAUCUCGGAAGUCGCAGCUCUCACAGCAGAAAGGGAUUCACUCAAGAUGGAUCUGCAAGAAAAUGUAGACCUGAUGAUUGAGAACCAGGGUGAGCUGAGGACUGCCCUUGAGAAGAACUGUGCUCUAAAAGAGCAGAUCAAACAGUUGGAGGAUUCACAAACAUCUAACUCCGGAAAGCCUAUUGAAGACCUGACCGCAGAGAUUGGGGAGCUUCAGACCCAAAUCAAGGAUAUGAGCCAAGAGCUUGACCAUGUGAAAGCUGAGAGGGAUAGCCUGUUUCUCAACAAGGAAGCUGAACAUGAGACUUCUACAAAUGAGAUUCAGAAGCUGUUGUGCAAUGUAAAGUCACUCAGUGAAGAGAGGGAUCAGCUGCAUGAGACUGUUGAGGGACUGAGACAGGAGAAGAGCCAGCUUCGAGCCGAGCUGGAAGAAAGGAUGGAGAUGUUGCAGUGUGGGUUGCAGCAACAGCAGCUCAGCUCAGCUGCACAGUCACUGAAAGAAGAACAAGAAACUCAACAAAAUGUGCAGAUCCAACAGCUAAAGGAGCAGCUGGAGAAAGAUAAGGAGGAGGUGACUCUUUUGAAAGCUGACCUCCAGGAAAAUGUACAGCUGGUUCAGAGGCUGACUGAGGAGCUUGAAGACGUGCGAGCAGAACGAGACGCUGUACAAUCUGAGAGGUCGCUUGAAGCUCAGACGAACAGGGAUGAGAUGGAGAAGCUGAUGGAUCACGUGACAUUUGUCAACGAAGAGCGAGAUCAGCUGCAGAACCGACUGGAAGUACAAAGUCAGGAAACAAGCCAGCUCAGAACACAACUGGAGGAAAUGGUAGGAACACAUCAAAUUGAGAAAGAGCAACUUCAGGGUGUAAGUGAGAAGAAGAACCAGCUAGAGGCAGAGCUGCAGCAAAGCAUUGAUAAGAUCAAGAAUUUGAGCCAAGAUCUUGACCAUGUGAAAGCUGAGAGGGAUAGCCUGUUUCUCAACAAGGAAGCUGAACAUGAGACUUCUACAAAUGAGAUUCAGAAGCUGUUGUGCAAUGUAAAGUCACUCAGUGAAGAGAGGGAUCAGCUGCAUGAGACUGUUGAGGGACUGAGACAGGAGAAGAGCCAGCUUCGAGCCGAGCUGGAAGAAAGGAUGGAGAUGUUGCAGUGUGGGUUGCAGCAAGAGCAGCUCAGCUCAGCUGCACAGUCACUGAAAGAAGAACAAGAAGCUCAACAAGAUGUGCAGAUCCAACAGCUAAAGGAGCAGCUGGAGAAAGAUAAGGAGGAGGUGACUCUUUUGAAAGCUGACCUUGAAGAAAAUGUACAGCUGGUUCAGAGGCUGACUGAGGAGCUUGAAGACGUGCGAGCAGAACGAGACACUGUACAAUCUGAGAGGUCGCUUGAAGCUCAGACGAACAGGGAUGAGCUGGAGAAGCUGAUGGAUCGCGUGACAUUUGUCAACGAAGAGCGAGAUCAGCUGCAGAACCGACUGGAAGUACAAAGUCAGGAAACAAGCCAGCUCAGAACACAACUGGAGGAAAUGGCAGGAACACAUCAAACUGAGAUGAAGAAUUUGAGCCAAGAGCUUGACCAUGUGAAAGCUGAGAGGGACAGCCUGUUUCUCAACAAGGAAGCUGAGCAUCUGACUUCUACGGAUAAGAUCCAGAAACUGCUGUGCCAAGUAACGGCACUCAGUGAAGAGGGGGAUCAACUGCAUGAGACGGUUGAGGGAAUGAGACAGGAAAAGAGCGAGCUUCGAGCAGAGCUAGAAGGAAGGAUGGAGAUGAUGAUGGAGAACCAGGGAAAGCUCAGGGAGGCUCAAGAGAAGAUCAGAAACCUUCAGGAUGAGAUCAACCUGCUGACAAAUGAACUCCAAGACGCCGACAAAUGUCAAGAGCUUCAAAAUCAGGUUCAGAGGCUGACUGAGGAGCUUGAAGAUGUGCGAGCAGAACGAGACACUGUACAAUCUGAGAGGUCGCUCGACGCUCAGGCGAACAGGGAUGAGAUGGAGAAGCUGAUGGGUCGUGUGACAUUAGUCAACGACGAGCGAGAUCAGCUGCAGAGCCGACUGGAGUUACAAAGUCAGGAAACAAACCAGCUCAGAACACAACUGGAGGAAAUGGCAGGAAAACAUCAGACUGAGAUAUCUACCAUCCAGGAGAGGAGUGAGCAGACUCUGUUAACCUUGCAGCAGCAGCAGGUAGAGGCAAGGGAACGAGAGGCCGAACUGCAGCAACAAGUACAGCAGCUGGAGGAGCAGCUGAAGACAUUAAAAGGGCAAACUGAGGUUCAAGUGGAGCCGACCACCUCACAGCAGUUGCCUAAUGAAGCAAAGACCUCAAUCUCUGUGCUCAAUGAGAAUCAGAACAUGACCGAUGCCAAGGUGACUGUAUCCUCAUGCCUGCAAGACUCAACGUUGGCAUUUCAGGAGCUCUUUGGAAAAUUGCAGCAAUUUAUAAAUGCCUGCAGUCACAUGGACUCCACAUCCAUGAACGACUGGGAUAAGGAAUAUUAUCUGGCCAACGUUUACGAGAGCAGCUUGACUCCUGACAUCUUGGAAGCCCACAGUACCGUUUGUCAGCUGGGAAAGGAGACCUUCAAGAUUCUGGGACACAUUGGGGAUAUUCUCAGAGAAAAAGCAAAGAUGUACAAGAAUCAGUUUGAUGAAUUUGUCAAGAAAGACCUGUCUAACUUUGAAGAGUGGCGCUUGCUGCUGGGUGGAGUACAGGUGCCCACACACUCUAUUGAAGACCAAGACAACUUGUCUAAGCAGAAACUGACUGAGCUGUUGUUAAGAAGACAGUUCUUCCUGCAGAAAAUGGGCACCAUUAUGGACACACUUAACGCAGGCAUGGCCUCUUGUAGUGAUGAUCUGUCAGCUGAUAAAAAAGCAAAGCUGAAUUUUGUAGAGCAGCUGGAGGCUGUGCUUGCCAGCAAACCAGUGGCCCUGAGAAGACUGGACAGCAUCCUGAGGUCUGAGGUGGAUCGCAGAUCUGCAGUGGUACAAAGCAGGAAGAUGAUUUUACAGGGCAUCAUUCACGACCAUAAUGACCUGUGUGGGAAGGUGCAACAGCUUAAGGCUCAGGUGGAAUGUCACCUGCAACAGGAAAAAAGCAGGCGCUGCACUCUGCAACAGACGCUGGGGGCAGCUCGCCUAAAGAGAAAGGUGUCCUCACAAGGAAACAACCAACUCAAUAUUCGAUUCAAUCAAUCUGAGAAGGAAACCCAAGCAUUGCGUUUGAAGAAUGAGCAGCUGGAAGAGGCCCACAAAAUGGCCAUUCAGCAACUACAGGCAGAACUGCUGGACGUCCGAGCACAGGUUGAGAAGAAGGAGAACGCCAUCCAAGUAGUAAAGAACCAACUGCAAGAGAAAAAUGCUUCACCUUCUGCUGCUCAGCUGGCGGAAUUCCGAGCUAAACUCUUCAAGAUGGAACUGGAGAUGAGCUCAGCCUCUGACAAGCAUCAAAAAGAGAUCCAAAGGAUGACUGUGGUUCUGAAUGACAAGGAUAGGUCACUGUGGAGGCUGAAGGAAACACUCAGGACAUUGCAGCAGCGAGGGGAAGGGUCAUUCCUGCAGGGUGAGGAGCUGCAUGAGCGACUGACAAACCCCCGAGGUUUGGUGGUCACGAGCAGCAUUGUGCUGGAAAAAAACAAACUGGAGGAGGAAGUUAAACAGCUUCAAGUCAAAAUCGCACAUUUAGAAAGCUUGGUUUCCAGCCAGCAGGCCGAGAUCACAAAGUGGAAGAACAGAGCAGUCAAACUGAAGGUGAAGAGCAAACAGGAUACUGAGAGGUCUUCCCCACCCUGUACUCCAACCAAGCGUGAAGUUCCUCUGUGUUCCACCACUUUGCUGGGGUCACCACAGAGGUCUGUGGUUAAGCUGCAGAAGGUCCUGGAGUCCCCCAGGCAGCUGUUGAAUUCCCCGAAGAGCAUACUGCUUGACUCCCCGAAAAGCAGAUUUUUUGAUGUUGCUGGAAAUUCAGAAAUGUUGUUAAGAACCUGUCCCAAGCAGUUCUUUGAUAACUCCAGUCUCGGAACCUUUUCAGACGCUGACACAAAGGACGAGAGCUCUCGCUCUCCAAGACAUGAAGAGCUUUGUAAAAUGCAGUGAACACACUUCUUUAAAUGUUAAUAUUUUAGUUUCAUUUUAUGCUUUUCAAUAUCAUUAAUAAAAAAUAUACAUUCAGUGAUUAGUGUGAAAAUAUAAUUUACUUUAUUGCAUCGCUUGGUUUGUUGAUUUUCCUUGCCAAUCUGUGGCUGCAGCAGAGGUGUCCAGCCCAG